GUGGCCGAGUGUAGCCGACAUUAGUCGAAGUGGUGUCGCCGCUCGCCGGCGGAGGCUCACAAAACACAGCGCUGCAGUUUUCCAGACACUCUUUGUCCGCCACCGGCUGGAUGACGACACUUUUUUUUAAUCUCACGCCUCUCGCUCACAUUUCGACUCCGUCAUCGUAUUUUAAGUCGGCACCGAAUCUUGGAAUAAUUAAAACAAUAAUAAUAAUAAUAAUAAUAAAACUGUGAGAAGGAGCGUCCAGCCCGUCGAGCUUCUUCAUCAUCAUCAUCACCAUUACAGCUGCUACCAGUGUUAGCUAGCUACUACACAAGUAUAACAUCCUGGUAUUGUUGUUUUUACAACACAGUAAUGGCGUUUCCUGCCGGACUACGACGCAAAACUCAGAGGAGCUUCUCCGCAAUGUUUGGGAGAGACAACGCAGCGCAUAAAUAAGAGCAUAGGAGAUUUUAAAACACUACUACCUCGCUACUGUCAACCACCAUCAUGACAUCGCCAGACUCUCCCCCUCUGGUGUCCCCCUCCCCAUGCCUUGCUCCUCCUCCGUCGCUCCCUGCCUCUCCAGUGCCGUCCUCCUCGUCCCUACCAGCCCCGCCCUCGCUGCCUCCCACGGGGGAGGUAAUGGUUCUGGCUCUGGGCAGGAAGAAACAGAGGGUCCUGAUUGCUCUGUCCAUCCUGCCCAAUCUCUUCCUGGCUUUUCUGCUGUCUUCUGACCCUCUCAUCACGCUCUCCUCUCCGCACCACUGCCGCCUGCCGGAUCCGGCGCCGUCUCCCGAGGUGAUGAACACCUCCCUGCACUGGCCUGGUGAUGGCGGGGGUCUGUCCCAGUGUAAACAGUAUGCCAACGGGAGCCAGUUAGAUGUUGUGGACUGCCAGACUGGCUGGGACUACAACAUCACGGAAGGGCUGAGGAACAACAUUGUGACGGAGUGGGAUCUUGUGUGUGCUCGCUACUGGCUGGUCCCCGUGGAGGAGGUGUGCUUCAUCCUGGGGGUACUGACCGGAUGUCUUGGCUUGGGCUUUACUGCUGACAGAAUUGGCCGCUCCAAGACCUUGCUGACAUCGCUCACCCUCUCGGUGGUGUUUGGCGUUUUGGUGUGUGUCUCCCCAUAUCCCUCCAUCUUCAUUGUCAUGCGCUUCUGUCUGGCGGCCACCAGCAGUGGAGUCUACCUUACCUUGUACAUCUGUCGCCUGGAACUGUGCGAGCCGUCUUUCAGGCUGAUGGCUACCAUGCUGGCGGGGCUGACAACUUUUGCCGGGGAGCUGCUGCUGCUAGCUGUGGCCCUUGGCUGCCAUUCCUGGAGGGGUCUUCUUGGAGCUGGUGCCGCCCCACUAACGCUCUUCCUCUGCUACGGCAUUCCUGGAGUUUUUCCAGAGUCCCCUCGCUGGCUCCUGCUGUUUGAGCGACACGAUGACAUGAACUCCUUCGGCGAGAGGAGAAACUCAAAUAGAGACGACGAGAGCUUCACAGAGCUGGAUUCAGAGGCGGCACCCUCCUCACGUCCCCGCCUCUCCUUCCCCGAGCUCAUCCACAGCAGGAAUAUCUGGAAGAACCUCUGUGUGCUGGGCUUCACCUCAUUCAUCUCUCACGGCAUCAGCCACUGCUACAGCUCUUUCCGAGGUGACGUCAGAGGCACGGCCCCCAGCUUCUACUGGACGUACCUGCUGUCCGUGUGCGCGGGGGGCAGCGCCUGGCUGUUGCUGUGGGCGACUGUAAACAGGUGCGGCCGUCGCGGCAUCCUUCUGCUCUCCAUGACGAUGACGGGCCUUGCCUCCUUGAUCCUUCUGGGACUAAUGAAGUAUCUCAGUGAGAUGGCCAUCACGGUUUUCUCCGUGAUGGGUCUCCUCUCCUCCCAGGCCACCGCCUCCCUCUGCAUCCUCUUCACUGCGGAGAUCAUGCCCACCGUCAUCAGAGGGGUCGGCGUGGGUGCUGUGCUCGCCCUGGGCUGCGUGGGCCGCCUCAGCUCACCGCUAAUGGACCUGAGGAACCACUACGGCUACUUCCUGCACCACGUGGUCUACUCCUCGCUGGCCUUGCUGGCUGUCUUGUCCAUCCUGCUGCUGCCUGAGAGCAAGAGGAAGCCUCUGCCCCAGACGCUUGCUGAUGGGGAGCAGUACAGACGCCCCCCGCUGGGCAGGAGGAGGCGGGACAAUGUGCCGCUGCUGGCCACGCCCAACCUAGAGACCUAAAAGAAGCGUAUAGCAGACAGGCGAGGACACAUGCAGUCCCAUGCAGAACAUUUGAUCUCCAUGUUGAUGCAGGAAGGAGAAAAAGGGCUGUAAAGAUUUUUAACUAAUAGCAAAGAAGCUUUCAAACAUGUUCUCAUCAUCUCUCAUUGGCACUGAUUCUUGUCGCAUCUUGCCAGAUCUAGUUUUCUACACGUUCAUGUGAGUGAGCUAGCACCCAUCUCAGUCACACUGUCACACUCUUAAGGUGUUGUAAAUACUUUUCUUGACCGCUAGGGUGCCUGGAAGCCAAGGAGAGGAGCGCUUUACAAAUUUAAAAAGGAGAGUUACGGCACUGCUCCAUCAGUGUUAACAAGUCAAAUCGAAGCCCCUAAAGCUUCAGUUUGUGUACGUCUAGCCUGGCGUUGGAGUAUUUAUUAUUUUAUUUAAGCCUUUAAUCUCCUGAGACUUACAAAAUAAACUGUUUCUGGAAGUAAAAAAUAUAUUUUUUAGGUCAGAAUUAACAAUUAUUUCAUCAACUGUUUUAAUGAAAGGAAACAUUCUUCAAAACAACACAAGUUUUUAACUGUACUUGCAUGUAUAGAUUAUGAAAUUUGGAUUAAUAUUAUUAAUUGCAAAUUUCCCAUUUAGGCACACAACGUAGUACUCGGCUUGUAAACAAUUGUACUUGGAUCAAAUCCGUGUCAGGAAGGUAUGCAAAUGUAUGAUUAAAUUAUUUUAAAUCAUUUGUUUUGCGCAAAAAAAUAAUAUAUAUUUCCCAUGAUUUUGUUUCAGAACAAAACAUACAUCAAACCAAGUCAAGUUUAUUUAACUAAAGGGUGCUUCAUAUGAAAUUUUACUGCAAAUUUAUACCUAGCCUCUUUCUGCUCUGUCACUGACAAUAAUGGCAAAUUUCCCAUUUUCUAAAUGUUGCGCAGUGCUAGUGCUGGGCUGGCAAAUAAGAAUCAAAUCUCGGCCAAAGGACGUUUCAGGAAGAUGUGCAACUUUAUUAUUUAAAUGCUCAGUAAAUUUGUGCUAUUUAAAAAAUAUAUUUAACAAAUUUUCCCAUUAUUUAUUUCAGUGGAAAACAUGCAAAACUUAAAUUCAGGUUUGUUUAAAAAUGUAUAAUUUACAGAAAUGUUACUAGGCUCUUCCUGCUCCGUCACUGAUAAUAAUAUGAUUGCAAAUUUCCCAUUUUCUCAUUGAUGCACAAGCUGGGCUUGUAAAUGUGAUAACAUCCUUGUCAGGAGGAUAUGCAAAUUUAUGAUUUAAGUAUUUUAAAUCAGUUAUUUUGCGCUUAAAAAAAUUACAAAAUGUAUUUUCCAGUUUGUUUAAAAAGUUAUUAUGAAUAACAGCGCUACAGGUUAAAUUUUACCAGCCUCUCCCUGCUCCUUCACUGAUAAUGAUAGCAAAUGUCCCAUUUUCUCAUUGGCACGCAGGAUCUGGACUGGACUUGUAAAUAGUGGAUUUGCAUAUUUACGAUUUAAUUACAUUAAUUCAGUACAAAACAUGCAUCAAAUUAACUUCCAGUUUAAAAAAAGGGAAGAAAUCAUUUCACAUUAAUAAAAAACGUGAUUAAGAAAUGUUGUCAGUGUUUUCAGUACAUGUUAAAAAUGAAUAUGUUACCAAAAGCGCUAAAAACUAUUGAUUGAACCGCUAAAACGCAUUGUUUUGACCUUUAAAAAACAAUAACUUUUCUUAUGUAAUGGGAGCGGCCAUUUUGGGGAGCAGGUGGGACAAAUCACAGGUCCAGGACGUACUCGCCACAGCUUUUUAUGCUGUUAUUGUCUGUUAAGUGUGAACCAAUUGUCCAUUACAGAGGACAAAAAUACAUAGUUGAGUCUCAGGAGGUUAACAAAUAAAUGAAGUUAUGGUUUGAGCAUUGGGGAAACUGCAACUUUCCUAUCUGCAUGUAACACAGCGGUACACUAAGCACUUUUUUAGUGUACCGCUUUCGAUGAGCAGUCUCAGCCAGAAGCGCAUAGACGGGUAUGGAUAAACGGCUCCGAUCAGCUGCCUCAACAAUAGAGGUACAGAACAUGGUCCACUUGAACUCAAUGAGCGUCUCCCUCGUAACGUGUGCAAAGUUCUUCCUGAGGUAAAAAUUGAAACUCUGACGAGAGAAGAGUCUCUGGCAGAGGCCAGACGUUACCAGUAGACCCACACUAUGCGUUUGGGCUUGGCAGGUCUGUCUGGAAUCCUUCCCCAACAUCCCAGCCGACUCACCCCCAGGUGGUGAUCAGUUGAAUACUCUGCCCCUCCCAAGUGUCCAAAACAUUGCACUGCAACAUUCCUAUCUGCGCAUGUCUAAAAGCAAUUUUUUUGUGUACCGCUUUCAAUGUGCAGUCUCAAUCAGAAGCGCAUAGACAGGUAUGGAUAAAAAUCAGAGUAGAAGCUUAAACGGUGAUAUUAAUAAAAGCAUAAUGCUGAAUGUAUGCGAUGCUGUAGCAAGGGCCCCAUGAUGAAGCUCCAGUGUAGCUAAAGAAGGGCCCUCAGAGCUCCACAUUUUUAUAUUCCUCAUUUUGAAUGUUUUAGCUGCUGAUCGUCAUCAUGCUUGUAUGCUCGUGUUACUGCCUAGAUCAGGUUGUGUUGUGUUUUGCAUAACAAGGUUAUUUUUUGUGUCACUCUGUCAAAAGCGGUCGGGGGUCGUGAUAAUUUUGGUUAUUACACUUUUUAAAAAUAUAUUUUUCCACAUAUUUAAACGUCUUUAUAUACACAUUUUCCUUCCAGGUUGAUUGGCUGCAAUGGAUGUUGAGUGUGUAUAAGUAUUGAAUUGUUAAAUGAAUAGAUAGUUGGUCGGGAAGCCAAUAGAUAGUCGCAGGGGGAUCUUCCCCAGUGGCAGUGACAUUGCCACCCUACUUACCGUACUUUACAGGUUAAAAGUAACAGGAAUAAAUAAUUAUAUUAUUCUAUUCAUUUUAGCAUAUGACACAGCUAGCGAUUUUUUCUAGUUGACAAUUGCGAUUGACGACACUAGCUGGCGAUUAGCGCUCUAGUUGCUAAUCGUAUAGUUGUAUAUUACUAUAUACUGUAGUAUUUGAAUAUGUUUGUAUUGCACAAUAACAAAAUACCUUACAUACCAGUUCGAUUUAAAACACAAUUUUAAAAAUAGUCCCCACUGCGUCCCUCCGUCAGUUUAAAAACAUUGAAGACCCCUGCACCCGACACAAACUACAAUAUUGGUGCGACACAAAAAUUACAGCACAAUAAACACAACUUGCAGGGUAACAAGCUGAAGUGUUAACAAAUUUAGUCCCGUGGCUAAAAUUCUGAAUUAAAUAGUGAGUCCCCAGUACUCUACCUCCAGUGGACCCCAGUUGAAUUGAAAUCUAAUGGCCCCAACUUUUCGGAAUUAUUUAAUUAAACCCUUUCAACAGCGACAAGUUUUGCAAUGCUAUUUUGAAACUACCUUACACCUUGAACUAUUUUCCCAUUCAAAAUAAUCUCCAGUUUCUGAAACGUGAGUCUUUGUCCUUUCCGGUGAUGUAAUAUAGGAAGGGAAUUCCAGUUUCCCUUACUGCGCGGUGAACCUGACACAUGAAACGUGACAGAUUGGGGAGGUGCACUGUCCAUUUUAGAGUGUUUAAUAUCUUAAAAUGGGCAGCACGGUGGAACAAUACGAAGGUCCUGGGUUCAAUCCCGGGCUCGGGGUCUUUCUGUGUCUCCAAAGACAUGCACCUGGGGAUAGGUUGAUUGGCAACACUAAAAUUGGCCCUAGUGUGUGAAUGUGAGUGUGAAUGUUGUCUGUCUAUCUGUGUUGGCCCUGCAAUGAGGUGGCGACUUGUCCAGGGUGUACCCCGCCCGAAUGCAGCUGAGCGACCCCGAAAGGGACAAGCGGUUGAAAAUGGAUGGAAUAUUAAAAUGUGUUUUGUAGCAAUUCCAACUUUGACCACAGUGUCAGUUCCUAUGUAGAGUGGCGCUUUCCAUCAUUUUCCGCAGACUGCAUUGCAAAAUGAUUACUCCCACCUUCCACAAAUGGGGCCAUAUCAACUGUAGGUGUCCUUACAGUUACCUAAGGACUGCGAUUCAAGAAGGCUUGAAAACAAAGCAAAGUGGGGGUUUGUCAAUUAAGUGUGAGUGUGUGAUGCAAGAUUUACUGAAAUUACACAAAUGUCUACUGAAUAUGGCUGAAAACUGUAUCACUAUAUAAGUGUUUUUAUAUUGGUUGAUAUCGAUAAUUAUUUAUAUUUUUUAUGACCUAUCGAAACUAAAGAUCGCAGGUGAAAAAUAUAGUAAACAAACAUUUUUAUUUAAAAUGUAACCUUCCUCUGACUAUAAUCCCCUCAGCUGUCAAGGCAUAAAGUAAAUGAAAAUAGAACAACCAGCCCUAUCACUGAGGACAUAACACAAUUCUACAGAAAAGUUAUAUUUUAUUAGAAAUUGGGUGUUGUUUUUGUGUGUUGUCACAUAAAACCCAAAGUUUUAGGGGGAAUAAAUAAUAAGGACUUUGAGUGGACGCUUGAAGAGAUUUCACCUCCACAUUCUUCAUCUUUUAGUACUUCCUGUAUAUGUUUAGUAUAAAAUAUGCUGAUUAUAACCGGUAUGAUCAACGCUGAUAAUGUGUGUGAUUGUUAA